AUGUCGCUGACCUACAACGAUAAGACUAGCCGGAUCAGCAUCACGCGCAAACACAACCUCCCCCACAUUAGAUAUGAGCGCAACGACGUCGGUCCCCAAGUUGAUGCGCCCAUCCGCGAGCUCCUCACCCUCCCCAUCAUCCAGCUGGAUGGAGUAACGGCAAUUGGAUCUGGGUUGCAGCGGGUGCUGGAUAGUGUGGCGGCAAUGAAUGUGGCGGUGGAUGAGAUCAGUGUGGACGCAACCUUCGGGACGAAUCAUAGGUUGGGCAUUCUUCUUCAGUCCCUCUCGGAGGCUGUCAAGAACGCUGUCUCCGUCGAGGCGCAAGACGUCUUCAAACCGAACCCCAAGAUGCUCUGGGAUGAGCUGUACACUCUGUACUCUCAAACCACUGGCCACCGCAUCAGCCAACUCUAUGCGACGCUCUGGUCGACCCGGGUUUCACUCGGGGCAGAUCCUCUCCCUUACCUUGGUGCGCAAAGGGCCACGAUGGCCCAACUGCGACAGUCUCAAAAGGUCGAAGACCAACAAGUGGCCUACACCAUGCUCCGCGGGUUGUGCAGCAGUGCAACUUGUCAAUUGCAAGUGUUGGGGAGUGGAGAACUUGAGAUGGAAGGAGAAGGUUCUCGAUCGAGAUUGGGUCGACCAAGUCCGAAGCCAGGCCACUACGAGGCGAAUGGCAGGUGUCACUUCUCGCCAGUUCGAUCCUUUGCCGCCUCGGUCAGAGACCACCAGAACAUCCUCCACGGCUCGAGCGACCCUCUCCCCGACAUGGAUGUGAAGUGGAUCUUGAUGGCGGGGCUCAACUCCCCUUUCGUCACGCACGCUGUCAAAGGUGCAUUGGCCCAGCAGUGUAUGAAACUCGAAACCAUCGCCCUCGACGACUUGAUCGACCUCAUGUCCGAGAAGGUCGAGACCUGUGCUAUCAACCUCGCUGCGUACCCGUCCUGCAACCUCGAAGAUGACUUUCCGUAUGCCAAACGGGACACUAUCUCAGUCGAUCCACUCAAUCGACCUGUUCUUGCACUAUGGGCUCUUCCAACGCCAACCCAGCACCUUCCAAGAAACCGAGGCGCACAGGGACAUGUGCUAAAGUCAACUGCCUGGAGACGACGCCACAUUAUGCUCACCAAGGGCCAUACAAGGCUGGCCGUGAUAUUCCUCCCUCUAAUGUGGCUGACAGAACGGGAAGGUGCGAAGUUGGCGUCGGAAGAGCCCAUAGUGCAAGAACAGGUCGAUUGA